CCCUCUUCAGUUGGUCCGGGGGUAUCUCGUGAGUUACAACAUUGGAACAGACUGAGUCACUCUGUGAUCAUUGGACAGCUUGUUAUUUUUUUUGUUGAAAAAUAUAUAAACGGGUCUAUAUUUCAAGGGUUUCGAACAGAAUACAAGACACAGGUGACCAUGGCAGCAGUGGAUGUAAUACGGAACGAUAUGCUUCAAGCUUUUCUCCAGGAUCGGACGCCGAACUCAUCACCGGAAACCAACAAACAUUCACCUCUUGCUCUUCUGGCUGCCACCUGUAACCGCAUUGGCCAUCACCAGAGUCCCAGCUCCGGAGAGUCUUUCCAAGUCCAGUAUUCCUAUGACACGACUCUGAGUUCUCCGUCAAGACUCUUCCAUCCAUGGAGUAACGAUGGCGUUACGCAGGGUCAUUUCACAAAUAAUUCCGCUUUGGGACUUUCUCCAAAAUCCCCCCUCUCCACACAUAUCCAGUCGUCCUUUUCUGCACAUCACGAACUUCCUCUUCCUCUCACCCCACCAGCAGACCCAGGAUAUUCCUAUGAUUUUUCACCGGUCAAGAUGCUGCCUUGCUCCAUGCAAUCACUGCAGGCAAGUUGCACGCCCACCUAUGUCCCGACUGUAACUUACACGCCUGCGACAGCGCCAAUCGCAUCUUCAAUGACAAGUUUUGUUCCAGGACAUGCGGGUCUGGUUCAUGGACAGCAAUCUAGACAUCUACCGCAGGCCACGGGGGAGGAUAUUCCAUGGUGGAGUUUACAGCAGGGAGCCCCUGUCAGUCAUUCCACGUCUUUCGCAGCGCACCGGUUCCCACUACAGCGGGGUUUGGUUUUGGGACACCCAGAGUUUGCGCACUACCAGACACAAAUCGCGGCUCUCUUUCAUUCCAAAUCGUCUCUCAGUGGCGCUCGCAGGUGUCGUAGGUGCAGGUGCCCCAACUGCCAAAACCCGAGCUCUUCCACUGAAGAGCCUGGAAAGAAAAAGCAACACAUCUGUCACAUUCCCGGUUGUGGAAAGGUUUACGGCAAAACUUCGCAUCUCAAAGCGCACUUACGUUGGCAUUCAGGUGAACGGCCGUUUGUGUGUAACUGGCUGUUCUGCGGGAAGAGCUUUACGCGCUCCGACGAGUUGCAGAGACACCUGCGCACGCACACGGGUGAGAAGCGCUUCUCCUGUCCGGACUGCUGCAAGCGCUUCAUGCGAAGCGACCACCUGGCCAAGCACGUGAAAACACACCAGGGCAAGAAGGGCAGAGUGCCACACCGAAUCGUCAGUCACGUGAAAAGGGAGGACACAAGAAACUACUGAAACAACUUUACACUAUACGGAUUUUAACGAAUUUCCUCUGUUUUCUUUGUACAAUAGCUGACAAAUGGAGAUAUGACAAGUAUGCCAUUACCCUGGCUGGAAAAAUUUCCUCCGAAGAAAUGCAACUUUUGGCUACAAAUUUGGCAGUAGGCUACUCUGUCUGUAGAAUACAACUGACGACAACGGCUUGAUUUGAUACUGAAAUGUGUCACGUAUUAUCAGUUUGUAAAUAAUAUUUGAAAGCUUUUGUUGAACAAAAGUAUAUGUAUCAUUUUAGCUCUUUCUGGGGCGGUAGGCCUAAUGCAUGCUGAACACAAAUAAAACUUUAUGAGUUCAUAAAGUAGCCCAAAUACCCGAAACUGAAUGGUUGAAUAACAAUAAAGUUACUUCGCUCAAAUGUAAACUAACUACGCAUUUCUCCUCAUGACAGCCACACCACAUGUAAGCUCUACCUGUUAAUAAAUUAACAUAUAUCAUUA